AACCCUUCACAUCAGCAAAACGCAAUCUCUGUAGCCGAUGUGGGAAAUUUUCAUGGCAUCUUGGUCUCUCUGUUACCACAAGAAAACUCUGACUUGAGCAGCAACGCCCGGAAAUGAACCAGGAUGCCUGUUUAUCCGGCUUUCCUAUUGUCUGCACAGAAGUUGCGCAAAGGAAAAUUACAUGCGCGCACGAGCUUGUAACAUUCGAAAGAAGACCUCAAAUAACUUCGUCAAGGAACUGCACGAGAUUUUCCGAGAACGUCGAAUCGUACUUCCUAUGAAAGAUUUUUUUUCUUGCCUUUCUAAUGAGAUUACUAAGACGUAAGAGGCACGUGAGUCGCGAUGUCUCCGCUGUCACGCGUAAUGUACUCCUCGAUGUGAACUCCAAUGCACUUUCCGUGAUUAAUGUCUAUAAUCAGCUAAAAGUGGUUGCCGUAAAGGAAGUUCAUCGCCUGGGUGGGGUUUAAAGGAUUUUGGGGGAGAUCACAUGGUUAUCAGGGAGAACGGAGGAGGGGAACAGUCGUCACCAGCGUAUUAUAAAGGAAUUUUGUGCCAGCUGCAGUAGCAGUAUACAUCUGGAAGUUGCAUAAUGGCAAACGGAAAACAAUUGUCGUUUUUGAUGCUUUGUGUGGUACUUGUGAGUGUUGGUGUAGUUAUGGGGUACAGUGUCCCUUGGGGUGUAGCCAUUUUAACCAUGGCCAUCCGCUGGUUUUGGUAUAAACGCAGCCAUGUUGCACGUAUUACCAAUGUUGAGUUUUACAAACUUCACGUUGUGCCGCAGUAUACCAAAGAUGCGUCGUCUCUCGUGACGUCAGAGUGGUCAGUACCUGUGACCGCGGAGGGUAUUGAGGAACCCAACUAUGUGCGUACAUCCAGUAUGAUCGAGUCACGUGAUGCCUUCCCCUGUCAUUUGGUUGCUUUGGGGACGUUCGAUGGAGUGAAGCAAGUUAUCGCUCAUUGUGUUUUACGAGAGACUUCCGCCUCUAGGCCACCUGACUUGAAUAAAUUUAUAAGAAUGCUGAAGAUGGGAUUGCCGUUUCCCGCAGUUCAACAGUCUAUGGAGGUUGCUGGUUUAGAUCCAUCGCUGCUAAAUCCGAAAGUUAUCGACGAGUUUGAAAUAUUGGAGACGCCUACAUCAAGUAUAGCUCAUAACGUUACGCUGUCCUCCCUUAUUGUAAAGCCCGAGUUUCGUGGUCAGGGCCUGGGCAAGAGUAUGUGUGCAUACGCACUACAAGUAGCUUCCAGUCUCGGAGCGAAAGAAAUUAUCGGAGGCUGCAAAAAUGAAUUGGUUGCCUUUUACGAGAAGAUUGGUGUUAAAAAAAGAGUCGGCAUAAAGAGAAGAAACAUACCAAGGGUUCGGCUUGGCAAUGAAAUGUUCCUAGUGAUAGACGAAGAAGCAAGAAAACAAGCGUCAGAGAUAAUGACCAUCACAAACGCGAAAUGCUAAACACCUGAACGAUUUUCGGAUUUUUUAUUUACCGCAAAUGAGAAUUGAGACACUUGGCAUUGUAAUAUUUAAUAGAAAAUAAAAUAACAUAAGCUGUAGUCCUUGCUUCGAACUUACAGACCGGUGGCGCUAUUGUCGCUCGAAAAGCAACUUUCCAU